AUGAAUAAAUGUGAAGAUUUCAUUACUGAACCUGACACAAACACUUUUUUCAUCUAUAAUGCAAUUGAUUACUCAAAUAAUGAAGGAUACUUUUUACGACUACAUACAGUUUGUUCAAAUGGUCGUAAAUUUUUAAUCAACAUUAUAAUUCAAGAUAUCUUUUUCGAUAUAAAAUUAAAUCAAGAAAAUUCUAUUUUAUCAUAUACAAAAGAAUUUAAACCUCAAAGUUAUGAAAUUAUUUACAAACAACUAUUUGAUUCUAUUGAAAAAUUUGAAUUUAUUCGAUUUUAUUUCAAAAAUCAUAAUGAACGUAAAAAA